GGGCUGUGUCUAGGUGUGUCCUCAGCGGGGUCUGCGGCAGUUUCAGUCGACGCGACGACAGUGUUCUUCAGCAGGUGAGACGAGAGGAGAGGAGAGUCAGGACAGUCUUUGUUUUACGGGGCAGCACUGAGUGAGUGGAUCCAGCAGCGAUGUCCUCCAGACCCAACGGGAGUCCACCUCCCUAUGAGGCCGAGGGAUAUAAUGAAGGCCCUCAGCCGGCCUAUUCUUACUAUCCCGAUGAUGAGUUCCAGCAUUUCUACCGCUGGACGUCUCCACCUGGCAUCCUCAAAAUCAUGGCCAUCAUCGUCAUUGUGAUGUGCGUCGCCAUCUUUGCUUGUGUGGCCUCCACUCUGGCCUGGGACACUCAGGGAGGCCUGUCUGGCUUUGGCGGCAUCGGCGGAAGCUACGGCGGAGGCUACGGCGGAGGAUACGGCGGAGGCUACGGGACAAAUUACGGCAGUGGUACGUUUGGAGGAGGUGGGUACGGAGCUGGAAACAACUAUGGCUACUCAAACCUCGGAGGGAACUACAACGACCCCCGGUCGGGCAAAGGGUUCAUCAUCGCCAUGGCGGCCAUCACCUUCAUCGCGGGCCUGGUCGUCUUCAUCAUCAUCGUAUCCCACCAGAGCCUCUCGGAGAGCAGGAGGUUCUACCUCGCAGUUAUCAUCAUCUGUGCCAUCUUGGCACUGCUCAUGAUGAUCGCCGCCAUAGUCUACUUAAUGGCAGUGAACCCCAUGGCCCAGUCUUCAGGAUCAGUCUACGGCAACCAGAUCGCUGGACUGUGUGCCCAGUACCAGCGGCCUCAGACUACAGGCAUGUUCGUCAAUCAGUACCUGUACCACUACUGCGUGGUGGAGCCGCAGGAGGCCAUUGCUGUGGUCUUGGGCUUCCUGGUCGCCAUCGCUCUGAUCAUCAUGCUCGUCUUUGCUCUGAAGACGCGCCAGAAAAUUAGGAACUUCGGCAAGAGCAACAUUCUGUGGAAGAGAGUGAAGGUUAUUGACGAGACAGCGCCACCUCAGGAUGUAGAGGCAUGGGUGAACAAUGUGUCCGUUCCCGCUGAAGAGCUCCCAAUGGCAGACUACCCCGAGAAGCUGAGAGGCUCCAGGAGCCACCUGGAUGACGAGAGCACCAACUAUGACAAGCCCCCCUACAACUACACACCGCAGCCUCCAGUGGAACAUGACGUGCCUUUGAAUAAUGGAGUUCCUUACAGCAGUAACUCUGAGGUGGCCAGCUCUGCUGGACGGCCCAAAAGGAGGCGCCCGGGUCGACCUCGUCGCGCCGACGGACAGGACUACGACACCGACUAUAACUCGUCAGGAGACGAGCUGGACGACGACGAGUUUGACAGUGAAUUUCCUCCGAUAACGAACGACGCCGAUCGCAACGACUACAAGCGCGAAUUCGACCGCGAACACCAGGAGUACAAGGACCUGCAGGCGGAGCUGGACACCGUUAACAAGAACCUGUCAGAUGUGGACAGAGAGCUGGACGGGCUGGAGGAGGGAAGUCCACAGUUCCUGGACGCCUUGGAUGAGUACAACAGGAUAAAGAACUUCAAAAAGUCUGCAGAUUACCAGAUGAAGAAGCGCAGGUGUAAAUAUCUGAAGUCCAAACUCAACCACAUCAAGAAGUUGGUGAGCGAUUACGACCGCAGGGCCUGAACAAAAAUCUGCGAGGAUUAUAUUCCUGUCUGAGUUUGAACUGAUUUGUGUUUCACCACUCUGGGGGGGGGGGGG